GUGUCUCAAAAUGCGGGAAUCGCUACCACAGCUCGCAGUAUGGCCGUUAGUGGAUCAGAGGUCUCAAAGAUUCUUGAGGAGCGCAUUCUUGGCCAAGAAGCUAGCGUCAAGCUUGAGGAGACGGGAAAAUUUACAU